AUGCGAGCAGGGAUUCUCUGGCCUCUCUCUGCCUUGGAGCUGAAUAUCCUCCUAGUGCUUUCUGUUGCCUCUAGCAGUUCGGCUAUCCAACGCAUGUCCGCGGUUAACUGUCAACUCCUGGGCGAUUCCGUCUGCAGCAGCCUCUUCGGCAACAGCUACUGCGACCGCAGAAAGGGGGAAUGCCAGUGUGCCACCAACUUCCUCCUCAUUUCUGACGGCAACGAUAAGCUGGCCUGCAAUGAGGGUAAGUAG